AGGUCUUCACUGACCUCAUCAGGACCCUCUUCACGCCAAUGCCGUUUGAUUCUCCGAUUGACCUCCGAAAGACUGAGAAGCGGCGGGGUACCUAGCGAGUCGUAGGCUGCCUAAGGGAAAGAGCGGCACUGUCUACAUGCGGAAGGCAAGGACGAUAUAACUUCUACAGAUUCCCUCGAAAUUGGGCGUGAUUCAGUCUCUCUUCCUCAUACUUCGAUACACGUCUUCUUCUGCUCUUGCCCAACUUACACUUACACACACAAAAACUUCUUAGCUAAAGCCAAAAUGUCUGAGCUUAAGGCCGGUGAUAGCUUCCCGGAGGGUGUCUGGUUCAGCUACAUCCCCCCCUCGCCUGAAACCUCUGAGUUCACUACUUGUGGUACACCUGUCCCUUUCAACGCCAGCCAAGAAUUCAAGAACAAGAAGGUCGUUCUUGUCUCUAUCCCAGGUGCUUUCACACCUACUUGCUCCGGCUCUCACAUUCCUUCCUACUUGGAACACGUCGACAAGAUCAAGGCCAAGGGCGUUGAUCAGGUCAUUGUCAUUGCUGUCAAUGACCCCUUUGUCAUGAGCGGCUGGGCCAAGGCCAACGGUAUUACCGACGACAAGAUCCUCUUCAUGUCCGACAAGGAUGCUAAGUUCUCCCAAACCAUCGGCUGGAAUAUCGGUGAGCGAACUGGACGCUUUGCGAUUAUUGUCGACCAAGGCAAGGUCGUGUACGCUGCAAGGGAUGAGGAGCCUGGGAGCAUCGAGAAGUCCGGUGCCCUGGGUGUACUGGCCCAGCUGUAAUUGAAGUUGCAUUGCAAUCCACCAAAGGAAUAGAAUAUAGACAUGAAACAUGAAGGAUGAUGAUAGAUCGACGCGCGUUCACUUCGAAGCAUCCGAAAAUGACCUUGGUCUGAAACGUUUUUUUCUUUCUUUUUCUUUGCGAAGCCUGUUCUCGUAUCAUAAGGCAUUUUGUCGUUAAAUCUACCAAAACAUGUUGCUAGUACCCUGAUCGACGCCAUGACUUAUUUACCUAGCCACCAUACGAUUGGACAGCCCGUGUUCAUCACGGCACAAAAAAGAUGCGGUUUUUGUUUGACCAUUUUGCAUUGCUCAGCUAUCAAUGCACCCUAUUGGCAAUCCAUGCACCCGAGAUUGUAGAAGAACCGGCCGGACAAAGACACAAGAACCACGGACUCCACUCUCCCAUUUUCAUCCUCCCUCAAAGUCCAUUCCUAACUUAACGGGUCUUGGCCUGAACCUUGGGGGCAGAGCCCUUGGCACCCUGCUUGCUGACUUGUCGGACAGCCUGGCCCUUGGAGGCCUGGGCAGCGAGCUUAGCCUUCUCGGACUUCUUGGCAGCAGCGUCGGCCUGCUUCUUCUCCUUGCUCUCCUUGAUGGCCUGGGCUCGGGCAGCGGAACGGGCCUCGGGUCGGAUGUUGCGCUUCUCCUUGAUCACGUCGAGAGAAGCACCAACGAUGCCUCGCUGGGACUUCACGGUGCGGCGGGUUCGCUUCUUGGCAACCUCCU